GGAUGCGUUUGGCUCAGUGACCGGCGAACAAUCCUCAUCAGUACCAAGCAGAACCCCCGGAGCUUCCCCUUGGUUCCCCUUCCACAAAGCGAGCCGCAGCCUGCAGCCUCUCCGUCCUGAUGAAGCAGACUCUAGGCGAGCUGAUGAGGAUGAACAGGAUAUGCCGGAUGGUUUUUGCCACUUGUUUGGGAUCGUUUAUUCUGGUCAUCUUUUAUUUUCAAAGUAUGUUCCAACCAGUCAUGCAGAGGAGCCCCUUUGUGGUGGAUGGCUGCUGUAGGAAAGGGUCCCGUAAUGCUCUGCAGGAGCUCUACAACCCUUUACAGUUGGACCCAUCAGGGGCCGCUGUUCUACACCAGAACAGGAGAGACCAGGUGGUGGAUGCCUGCAGAAUUAACAAUGCUUCUAGUCGAAAGCGAAGAGUUCUGACACCUGGUGACCUUAAACACCUUGUGGUGGAUGAAGACCAUGAGCUUAUCUACUGCUAUGUCCCCAAGGUGGCCUGCACCAACUGGAAACGCGUAAUGAUGGUGCUGACAGGCAGGGGCAAAUACAGUGACCCCAUGGAGAUCCCUUCCAAUCAGGCCCAUGUUCCUUCCAAUCUAAAGACACUGAAUCAGUACAGCAUUGCUGAAAUCAACCAUCGCCUCAAGAACUACUUCAAGUUCCUCUUUGUCCGUGAGCCCUUUGAGAGGCUGGUCUCUGCUUACCGUAAUAAGUUUACCCUGAAGUACAAUUCAUCCUUCCAUAAGCGCUUUGGCACCAGGAUCAUCAGGCGCUACCGCAAGAAUGCCACCCAAGACGCCCUGAUCAAUGGUGCUGAUGUCAAAUUCAAAGAAUUUAUUGACUACCUGGUGGACCCUGCCACACAGCGUGAUGGCCCACUCAACGAACACUGGCAGACAGUUUACCAGCUUUGCCACCCAUGUCACAUCCACUAUGACAUGGUGGGCAAGUAUGAGACCCUUGAAGAGGAUGCAAACUACAUAUUGCAGCUAGUGGGUGUUGGUGACUCCCUGCACUUUCCAAGCUAUGCCAAGUCCACUCGUACCACAGAUGCUAUGACUGCUCAGUUCUUCAGCAAUAUCAGUACUCAGCAGCAGGUCCAGCUGUACAAACUUUAUAAGAUGGACUUCCUCAUGUUCAACUACUCCAUACCCAGCUACCUGAGGCUGGACUAAAUGACAACAGAGCUGGUACUCUGACAAUGGGCUGCCUUGUUUGCAGAAUGGCAACAAAAUAAGUGAAGUGCAAAUUUUGGAAGAAAACUUGAUUUUAAAAACUGUCAUUGUGGUUUGUUGGUGUUGUGUCUGCAAACAGAUAUUUAACCAGUCCUGAAAGAUUGGAAUAAAGCGUGCUUUUGUGGACAUGAACUGAAGGAUGUUCAAUCAGCACUCGUUCAACGUGAAUGUGGGCUUAAAGGACCCAACACCUACAAAAACUGUAAUGUUUGGGUGAAUCAGGUCUUCAAGAAGAAAUCCUCUUCAGAAGAUGAAGUUAAUCGAGGGAUUGUUCUGAUUAUGUUCUCUACAUCAAAGGCUGCCUCUGCAAAGCAAACAGCAGUCUAACACACUGACUCCAAUGCAUUGUGAGAACUAAGCACAUCCUUCUUCCCCCCUUAUCUAAAAAACUCCGUCAGAUUGUAAAGCAGUUCUUGUCCUUUGCUGCACUGUCAGCAAGGUGAGUUAAAACCCAUCACCCAUGAACCAUUACAUUAUAUUUAUGUCAAAGGAAAAUUGGCAUAUCGCAUCCUCAAGGGCGCCUUAUAAUAAAUCGCUCCUAAUUGUACAGCCAUGAACCCACCAGCUGUAACUAUAGCAGUAUAGCCUUCAGUCAAAUGUUUUACCAAAGCCUGUUUUAUCACCAAUUUUGGCUGUCGGCAGGUCAUACUUCCUACGGUUCAACUUGAAGACUUUGAGAAAUCAGUAAUCCUUACAGCAUCAUUGACAUUUGAAAGUUCUUUCCAGAUGGAUCAGAGUGGCAACACAUUUAAGUAGCAGGAUGUAGACAAGAACGGGAUGCAUGAAUGUGACCAAGUGUAAUUAAAAGAAAAGAGCCCAUGAGGUUUUGGAAGAAUGAUAGUCACUGGAUCACAUAGCCACCAUGCCCCUCAUAGGGGCCCAGUGGACAAAAGCAGGCACACACCAAACAGCCAGGCUACCAGUCAAAGAUUUCUUCAAGUAAAUUACGAUUACCCUUUUGUCGUCUUUCUUAUGUUUUGUUUCUGUUAUCUUAUGAAACAUUGCUGCAAGCAGCAAAAAUAAAAACAUAUUUAAUUGA